AUGAAAAGGUUGUGUCGCUAUGACCUCACGCACUACAACCAAAGUUCCUACGGCUGGCUCACGAUGACAAGGAAAAGGAAAGUUGACAAUACUCAAAUUGAAAGUGACGCAGGAGCUAACAAAAAAGACCGUUCUUAUGAGUAUGGCUACAAAAAUAUCCCGGACGAAGGUCCUUCCACGAAUGGGGACUCAGCGACGCAGAACAAGAAUCAGUUCCAUAGGACAUUCCCUCACAAGAAUCGAGACGGCGGAAGCUUUCGCGGUAGAGGAGGGCAAAGGAAUCAUCAAUUUUCCAGAGGAGCACGUGGAAACUACGACACUAACGAUUUCGAACGGAAAUAUGGAAAAGUUGGUGGAGGUAAUGAGGAGGAAGUGCGAGAAAGCAUAAGAGAAGAAGAUAAAGGAAAUGAAAAGAAAGAGGCGUACCCUGCGGAAUUGGUGGCCUACCUGAAGAACAUUGAGCAAAUGAUAGCGGCAGAGGAACGAGUAGAUAAUAUGGUUAUCGACAAAUGUGCAGAGGAAUGUUCGGGUGAGGAAGAGAAGUUGCUGUCGUUCAGAGACUCGUCAAUUGUCGUUGAGAACGUAUUUGGAGCUUCACAACAUGGAGCAGAGCUGUUUUUGUCCGGGCUGGCACGACUAAAGCACAAACGGCUACUCGAUCUGUUUUUCUCAGGAACUUCUGCACAUACUAUCGAAACACUGUGUUAUGCACUUCUUCCUAUCAAAACUAACAAACCUGUUGAGUUAAUCGAGAAGUUUUCCGAUUUGAUAUGUGAUAAUUGGAAUGAUGCAGUGGGUUGCCAGCACUCCGCAUUUCUAGUGCGAACCCCACAAGGAGACUUAUCCAAUAUGCAGUCAAUACAAGGUCAAAGUGCAGAAAUCAAACUUGGAUUAUCGCGUGUUUUUGAUCGAAUAGCAUCGUUAGCUCUGGAAAGUGCAGCUACACCACGUGUGGAAAAUGUGCACCUUUCUCUUGUCGUGCAGGACGUAUUAGAAGCGGAUAGCAUCGCAAAGCUCGGGAAAUCAACUGUCAUUGUUGACAAAGUUCUCGCUUCUGCCUCAGGAGAUGACUUGCGGCAGCUAUGGUUGGGUAAGAAUAGCUCGAGAGUCUGGGAGAAGCUGGUGGUGGCAUGUCACGAGGAAACACUUCAGUCGCUUUGGGAAACCGUUAUAACAGGCCAUGUUUCUGAGCUGUCAUCUCAUCCCUGCGCCAAUUUUCCAUUGCAGAAGUUCAUUGCUAGUGUGAAGUCGCUUGAAUUGGCGACAGACUUGUGUCAUGAGGCCGUACCAUUGAUUCAGAAGUUCUUAUCAAGCGACCGUUGGGGUGUUGCUCAAGCUCUGCUGCGAUGUGUUUCAAGACACGAAGAUUUGCAGGAACCUGUGUUGAAGGAACUUCGGCAGUUUUUCAGAGCUAGCAAGAAGGAGAAUAAAAUCAAUUUCUUGCUCAACAUCGUCACACUGAACAAGUAUAAUGGGAAAUCUUUCAACGUGAACGAUUCGCAUUUACAUGGAUGCUUGUUGGUAGAGAUAUUGCUGUCGUUCCAUAAGGUGAAGACCUUGACUGCUUGCAUUGAAGCUUUACAAUCACCAGACAUUGUUAAACUGGCGAGAAACAAGUGCGGUUCCCAUGUGCUUCAGGCUGCUUUCAGAAGCAGCACACUUGGAGAUAGUGUCAAGGAAAAGUUGAUAAGUUCCUUUGAGAAUGAUUGGGGAUCUCUGAUCUCAGACGUAUACGGUAGCCAUGUGUUCGAGUCAAUAUGGGAAUGUUCGCUGUUCACGGUGAAGAGACGACAAGAGCUCAUGAAGAUAAUUGUUCCAAGUGACUCAAAGUUCUGGAAAUUUGCAAUGCUCAGAUGCGAUAUGUACCUCUUCCGGAAAGAUCGGAAGGCUUGGGUUGGAGAAGAUGAAAAAAUCUGUGAAAGGAGCCAAGCACUGAAGAUCUUGGCUAAUGUUGUUAUGAUGACAAGGAAAAGGAAAGUUGACAAUACUCAAAUUGAAAGUGACGCAGGAGCUAACAAAAAAGACCGUUCUUAUGAGUAUGGCUACAAAAAUAUCCCGGACGAAGGUCCUUCCACGAAUGGGGACUCAGCGACGCAGAACAAGAAUCAAUUCCAUAGGACAUUCCCUCACAAGAAUCGAGACGGCGGAAGCUUUCGCGGUAGAGGAGGGCAAAGGAAUCAUCAAUUUUCCAGAGGAGCACGUGGAAACUACGACACUAACGAUUUCGAACGGGUACUUCAUCGAUCGUUUAGGUCUGUGGAUUGGAAUUUCUACUUAUUGUUUCAGAAAUAUGGAAAAGUUGGUGGAGGAGCUUCACAACAUGGAGCAGAGCUGUUUUUGUCCGGGCUGGCACGACUAAAGCACAAACGGCUACUCGAUCUGUUUUUCUCAGGAACUUCUGCACAUACUAUCGAAACACUGUGUUAUGCACUUCUUCCUAUCAAAACUAACAAACCUGUUGAGUUAAUCGAGAAGUUUUCCGAUUUGAUAUGUGAUAAUUGGAAUGAUGCAGUGGGUUGCCAGCACUCCGCAUUUCUAGUGCGGUGCUUUGCUUGGGUUACUUGUGGUCUGAAGAAGGACAAGAACCCACAAGGAGACUUAUCCAAUAUGCAGUCAAUACAAGGUCAAAGUGCAGAAAUCAAACUUGGAUUAUCGCGUGUUUUUGAUCGAAUAGCAUCGUUAGCUCUGGAAAGUGCAGCUACACCACGUGUGGAAAAUGUGCACCUUUCUCUUGUCGUGCAGGACGUAUUAGAAGCGGAUAGCAUCGCAAAGCUCGGGAAAUCAACUGUCAUUGUUGACAAAACUUUGCGGCAGCUAUGGUUGGGUAAGAAUAGCUCGAGAGUCUGGGAGAAGCUGGUGGUGGCAUGUCACGAGGAAACACUUCAGUCGCUUUGGGAAACCGUUAUAACAGGCCAUGUUUCUGAGCUGUCAUCUCAUCCCUGCGCCAAUUUUCCAUUGCAGAAGUUCAUUGCUAGUGUGAAGUCGCUUGAAUUGGCGACAGACUUGUGUCAUGAGGCCGUACCAUUGAUUCAGAAGUUCUUAUCAAGCGACCGUUGGGGUGUUGCUCAAGCUCUGCUGCGAUGUGUUUCAAGACACGAAGAUUUGCAGGAACCUGUGUUGAAGGAACUUCGGCAGUUUUUCAGAGCUAGCAAGAAGGAGAAUAAAAUCAAUUUCUUGCUCAACAUCGUCACACUGAACAAGUAUAAUGGGAAAUCUUUCAACGUGAACGAUUCGCAUUUACAUGGAUGCUUGUUGGUAGAGAUAUUGCUGUCGUUCCAUAAGGUGAAGACCUUGACUGCUUGCAUUGAAGCUCUACAAGCGCCAGAUAUUGUCAAACUGGCGAAAAACAAGUGCGGUUCCCAUGUGCUUCAGGCUGCUUUCAGAAGCAGCACACUUGGAGAUAGUGUCAAGGAAAAGUUGAUAAGUUCCUUUGAGAAUGAUUGGGGAUCUCUGAUCUCAGAUGUAUACGGUAGCCAUGUAUUCGAGUCAAUAUGGGAAUGUUCGCUGUUCACGGUGAAGAGACGACAAGAGCUCAUGAAGAAACUGGUUCCAAUUCAGAGUGACUCAAAGUUCUGGAAAUUUGCAAUGCUCAGAUGCGAUAUGUACCUCUUCCGGAAAGAUCGGAAGGCUUGGGUUGAGAAGAUGAAAAAAUCUGUGAAAGGAGCCAAGCACUGA